CCUGCUGCUCUGCAGAAACUAUGUCCUGGAAAAACCACACAGGUUUUUACAUUUUGGCCAAAACCCGCAUAAUCAGAAUUAUAAGAGCACUGUGAUGUUUAAAGAGUAGAUCAGAAGAUGAUUGGAGUGGGACUUAAACACAUGACAAAGUAUUGCAAAGACAUGAAUGCUUUCUUCACAUCAAAGCCUCUGAUUUCUCUGAUGUCUCAUGAAAACGGAGAAACGGCGGAACCACAGAAAAUCCUGGGGUUGAAAGAAUGUUCAGUCGCUUCUGGACAGUGCAGAGGUUUUAUGGCGUGGGUCGCAUCUGCUCCGGGAUAAUGACACGGUAAGCCAAAUGGAACAUGAAGCACGUGUGUGUUUGUGUGUGUGUGCUGAUAUUUGUGUGGCUGUGAGGAACUAAUGAGUCUCCUAUGAGCCAUUAGCCAAACCUCAGCUCUGCUCUGCAAUUAGAAAAGGCAACACUGCAGAGCUCUUUAUCCCACUGAGCUUUGCUGAGCCCAAAGGUUCAGGACACUCAGAACCAUGCGUGACGUGGAGGAUUCUCUGCAUCCAAGCACACACAUCAUGAUGAAUGAAACUUCAGUUUAGUGUUGGGCUGCAGUGGAUGAUCUAAGACACCAGUCAGGGUCUGAGGUGUGCAGCUCUGCCUGCUGAAGUCUCCUUCUUGUGUUCAAGUUGCAAUGCUCUCUGGGAAAUGAGCAGCAGGGGGGGGCAGGAGUUCAGGAGCCUUUGGGUCAGCAGGUGCGCCGCAGACUAUUACUGUCUGAUCACUAAACCAAUUAUGGCAAAGCUCUCCGACCUGCUUCAGCUCUGAUCUCAGCGUUGCCAGUUUUGAUGGAUCCAUUUCAGCCCGAAGCGCGGGAAACUUCACGAUCUGGCAGAUAUAGGAGUUCAGAAAUUCACUAGAUGUUUGUCAGUCCAUCAAAAACCCGGCGGAGCUACUUCCGGUUUACCUCAUAAAUAAUAGUGGAAUUAAAAGCGCCUGAAGCCAUGACCCCCUCAUCGAGGAGGAGGAGGAGGAGGAUGAAGGGGGGGGGGCUGCGCCCAGAGAGGCAGAGUAAUCCCACAAAGAUCCCGCUCAGACAUCAAAGCUUCCGCGGCAAACGGAGUGACACCUCCCGGUGUGAAACCGGUUCCAGCGUUUUCAGAGUUUGGCACCAACAGCGGAGGAGCAUGAAGGAGGAGGAGAGGAGCAGCGGAGCGCGCCGAUGGACUCUCUCCGGCAGGGUGGAGGAGCCGCACUCCUGUUAGAAUGGACCUCCGCGAGGCUCCAGCGACCGAAGGAUGGCAGCGUCCCCCCCCCAGCACCUUCUACCCCAUCACCCACGCGCCGACCCGCGCCGGCUGUCCCACCGCCUCACCAUCGCCUCCUCCCUGAGCCUCCUCUGCUGCUCCUUGGUGUACCUCCUCUCCGGGCUGUGCGCCUCGGAACUGACAGACAGGAAUGAACUCAGGCCAUCCACGCGGGACCUCCUGGUACCGGGCCCGGACUGGCCUUAUGGGCGGAACAGAACCAGCUUGGUCAGCCUGGCUGGUGGAGAGGGCGCGCCUGGCAGCGGCCAGCCAGCGCAGGACUCGAACAGCUCGGGGAGAGAGUGGACAGCCUCUCGGAAGUUACCCCAGGCUCUGAUCAUUGGGGUCAAGAAGGGGGGCACCAGAGCCCUGCUGGAGUUUCUUCGGCUGCACCCCGACAUCCGCGCCCUGGGGUCCGAACCGCACUUUUUUGAUCGGCAUUAUGCACGAGGACUGGACUGGUACAGAAGCAUGAUGCCGAAAGCGCUUGGUGGUCAGAUCGUCAUGGAGAAGACUCCUCGUUACUUUGUAACCGUGGAUACGCCGGCACGAGUCCAUGCCAUGUCCCAGGACAUCAAGCUGAUCGUGGUGGUCCGUGAUCCCGUGACCCGAGCCAUAUCAGAUUACACACAAAUCAUUUCCAAGACCCCUGACAUCCCCCCCUUUGAGACGCUGGCCUUCAAGAACCACACCACAGGUCAGAUCGACUCUCUGUGGAGCCCGCUCUGGAUCGGCCUGUACGCUCAGCACAUGGAGCGCUGGUUGGCGUGGUUCCCCAGGGCACAGAUCCACCUGGUCAGUGGUGAGAGGCUCAUCUCAGACCCGGCUGGAGAACUGGGCAAGGUCCAGGACUUUCUGGGCCUUCAGAGGAUCGUCACGGAUAAGCAUUUCUACUUCAACAAAACCAAAGGCUUCCCAUGUUUGAAGAAACCGGAGGGCAGCAGCAAACCUCACUGCCUAGGAAAGACCAAAGGCAGGACGCACGUCUCUAUAGACCCAGAGGUGGUUCAGAAACUCCGAGAUUUCUACAGACCCCACAACCAGCGCUUCUAUCAGAUGGCAGGACAGGACUUUGGAUGGCAGUGACGUCUGAACGGGACGAUCUGCCGUCCCAGAGGGAGCCCACAUCGGAGCUUCCAUCCUCAGACCACAAGUCAAAAUAUUCAAGCACAUGAAUCCGUCAUGCGGUUCCAAAUCAAUCCCUUUGUCACAGAUAUGGUUACAGAGGCUGUGGUCGCUCGUGUAGCUUUUUUAGUCUUUAGUCUCAGGUUCUAGUUUUGCUCUAGUCAGAUGAUAAAGGAACCCACCACUUUCACUCCGUAACCCGUUCAAAGACCUUUGCCCCGUUUUUAAUUUAAGGUUGAAAUCCAAGAGAAGCCUUGUUUUGAAAGUACAAGCCAUCUUUCAUGUUUCACGCUUGAGCUCAGACACGACCUAAAGGCUUCAUGAAGUAAAACAUGAAGGCAGCAAACGGAUCCGGACGCCCCAGCACCACCUUAGGUCGACGUUCCCGCUGAAAAACCCGCCAGCUGCAACUGCUGGAGGACGAGUGGAGCCGAGCGAGUACCGAUCAUCAGAGCUGAAAGCAUGUUUGAGGACUUUAUGAAGGCUUCACACUUCUGCAUACAGGGUUGUUUGGUUUAGGUUUGCAUGCAUUUGCACUAGUUUGAAAACAAAAAUAAAAGUAUUUUUU